AGGAUCCCAGCCCCGCGGCUUUGCUGGCUUGGCUGGGAAAGCACCGGCUGCCUCACUUCUGCAAAUCCAGCCUGUGCCUCCACCUCGUCCUCUGCCAGAGGCUGCUGGCUUUCAUUCGCUCGGGGGAAGCAGCAGAGCUCCUGAACUGGCAGGGCGCUGACCGGUGGCUGCUGGAGCGGUGCAUCGGUGGGAGCCAAGGCAUGCGGCACUUCUGCGCCUUCAUCCGAGGAACGGCAGGGGAAGAACUGAUCGACUUCUGGCUCAUCACUGAAAGGCUGCUGGGUCUGGACGAGUCAGAUGGGAGUCAGAGGGACCUGAGCUCGUCCCUGGUCCUCAGGCUGAGAGCCACUCACCUGCGGGAGGGCUCCAGCGUCGUCACCCUCUGCACCAACACCCUUGGAUCUCUGCCCAAAGCCAGGCACAUCCAGUCCGUCAGCACCAGGAGGGAGAUCCUGAGCAAGAUGCAGGAACAGGCCCUUUUUAUGAUUCAGAUUUACUGGCUCCCUAAAUUCUUUGUGCACUGCAAGAUGGGAAUGAAGGAAGAGGAAUCGUGCCAGCCUUUGCUGCAGGAAUAUCAGGAACGUUUGUCACAGGAGCCCCCAGGCCUCUCAGAGCCCCUCCCCACCAUGCACAUCAAAAGGAGCCAGGGAGUGUCAGGGCCCUACUGCAGCCAGAAGGCCAAAGCAGCGGUCUGGGCUCUGGUCAAGGAGGGGAGAGAUACCCAAGAAUUGAAAACGGCCACUUUUGGGGUGAGGCCAGAGGAGCAGCCAGGGCCAGCGGGGAGCAUGGAGGAAUUUUGUCUGGAUAAGGAUGCUUGGGGAUUGAUUCCCCAGCAGUCAGAGCAUCCUGCCUUUGGAGGCAGGGGAGUAACAUUUCCUGGAAGACCUCAGUCCAGCACAGAGCAGGAUCUAGAAAACCUCUGUAAGGAGAAAAUCCGCCCUGGCCUGCCUCCCUCUGCAUCCCUUGCCCGGCUGCCAUCCCUGAAAAAGCCGGUCAGGACCUUGGAUUUCCUUCCCUGGGCCCUGAGUGCCGAGGCCUGUGCAGGACGACCCUUCAGGGACUUCCUGCAGAGCCAGAACCGGCCCAUGGAGACUCAUCUCCUGGACCUGUGGCACGACCUGGAGGAGUUUCUGCCCGUGGUGCUGGACUCCAACAGAGAGAACAGCUUCUUCCUGCGCCAUUUGAUUGGGGAAAAGAUCUGCAAGACCUACCUGGAGGAGGACAGCAUUGAGAAGCUUCCCUUGGAGACCAGGACUCUCGUGAGUUUGUGGAACCAUCUGAUAUGUGGAGAAUUCUCCCCGUGGAUAUUCAGAGCCCAGAAGGAGAUUUGCAAGGUGCUCUGUGGCCUCUAUGACGAAUUUCUGGCUGAUGACGACAGGACGUUCCUCCAGUUUAUGGCUCCAGGGAUGGAUGUGCCCGUGCCCGAGGUGCCGGGCUGUGCUGCUGGCAGCGGGGAACAUUUCCACCUGUCCCAGAGGAUGAACCGGUCCCUGAAGCUGAGCCAGGCCUUGCACGGCACCAGGAGCUUGGAGGGGGUCUCCUCCAAGCACUGGCAAUUACUUGCUGCUCGGGACCUCCAGAAAGGGGGCUCCAUCCAGGCAGAGAUGGAAGUGCUCCUGGGCAGCGCUGAAUCCCAGAGGAUGAUGGCAGAUGAACUGGCUGUGGGUAGCCCAAGCAAGGAAGAGGAGCUUCUGCAGCUCAUGAGUGCAGCGCUCGCUGUUGCAUCCGAGAGGAUUGCUAGAGAGAAGGAGAUUGCUGCUGAAAGGAAGAGGGCAUCUAGAAAACACAGGUUUGAGGAGGAUGAGGAGGACGAGGAAGAGGAGGAAGGACACUACCCUCAGAAGAAGAAGAAGAAGACACAGAAGCAGAAAAAGACACAGAAGCAGAAACAGAAGGAAGCGCAGCAGCAGCAGGAGGAUUCGUUGCCCUGGUGCAGAAAGUCCAGGUCUAGGCAUCGUCAGUAUGUGCAGGAAGGGAGAGAGACCCAGAGGAUGGAAUGGGCCUGGGAUGCCAUCCGGCAGCUUGUCAGGAGCUUCUGCAAGUUCCAGAGGGAGAUGGAAAAUCCCAAAUGCCGUGCAGAGUUUGAGGAGUUUCUCCGUCAGGAGCGAAGAAAUGAGAGGGAAAACUUGCCCAUCAAGGAGAAGAAGAGGAAAAGUCCAGCGAAGGGUCCCCGCAAGGGCAAAGCCCGGCCGCAAAAGGUGACGCUGAUAAAACGCCGCAUUUUGGACAAGCAGCUCAUCGUCGUCAACUUCCUCGUCGACGACCUCCGCUUUUACCUGGAGAUGGACAAGUUUUCCAGGUUGGCUGACUCCGUGGGAGCUGUGGCACCCCGCAGCACGUGCUCAGAAAGGCAAAAUGCCUUUCUCAGAAAGAAACUUGACAUCAUCAGCAGACUUUUCCUGAGCUCUGACAUCGCCCCCAAGCUGCGGGUCAACAUCUCUGAGAAAGAGAGGGAUUUAAUCCGGCGUUCAUCUUCCAAGGGGCCCCUCACCCGAGCCAUCUACCACAGCGCCAAGGUCACCCUCUUCCCCAUCCUGAUGUACUUCUGGAGAAGGUACCUAUCCAUCCCCGCUCUCCCGGGGUGGAAGAGGCUCUGGGGAUGCCACCCCUUUAUCUCCAGCCGCUUCUUCCUCUGCCACGCUGAAAGUGCAGAUGAUGCACUCCCCAGGAGCUCAGCUGGAAUUGUCUCCUUGGAGCUUCGCUGUGUCCGGUGUUUCUCACGCAGGUUUUGCAUCUGGAAGGUGAUGAGGACCUUUCGGGCCCCUCAGAAGGCCUGGAGCUCUGAGAUCCGUGAGGACAGGAGCUUUCAGCUCACCAAGGGGGACGGGAGCUCCCGGGUCCAGAAGGAGGAGAGGAGCUCUCAGGAGCCCAAGGGGGACAGAAGCUCCCGGGUCCAGAAGGAGGAGAGGAGUUCUCAGGAGCCCAAGAGGGAUGGGAGCUCCCGGGUCCAGAAGGAGGAGAGGAGCUCUCAGGAGCCCAAGAGGGAUGGGAGCUCCCGGGUCCAGAAGGAGGAGAGGAGCUCUCAGGAGCCCAGGGGUGCCAGGAGCUCCAGGGCCCACAAGGAGGGCAGGGUUCCAACCUCUUCACCUGCAAAAACCCCCUCCAAAGUCCCCAAGAUCCCUGGUGUCAAGAAGCUGGUGGCCAUUCCCUCUGCUACACGUUAUGCUCCAGGCAGAAAGGCUGUCCUCAUGUUCAAGCUGUCAGAAGGCCUCGAGCUCCUGCUACCACGGCCCCAGAAGGCUGAGCCCUCAGAGGAGCAAAAAGACGCAGAUCCCAGCGGGGAGAAGAGGCCCUCGCUCAGUGAGCUUCUCCCACAGGAUGGGAACGAAGGGAUGCUCACCCCUCCCUCAAGCUCUCCCCAGACAGCACCCACACAGGUGUGAUCCAAGGAAGCUGAGCAGCCUGGACACAGGGAAUCGUUUGCACUCAGCCAUAAGACCUAAAAAUAAAGCAACUCACAGCAUCCUCCGGCUGACCUGGUGACAGCACAGCAGCUCAGUGCUCUGCAGCCGUGGCAGGGACGUGCUGUGACACGUGCUUCCAGCUGAAACACUGCACAAAUGUCCUUCCUCACAUGGAUCUGUAAAGUGUACCUCAGCUCCUCACCUUUCCCCACAAGUUAAAUACUUCCUGUGGGUAGUGAGGCUGAGAGAGCCCAUUUGCUUCCCUCACUCAGCUGGCUGCUGAGACGGCGCCUGUUUUGCCAAAGCCUUUCUGAUUUUCCAACAAAAACUGACUGGGGUUUCAGCAUGCUUAUCUUUUUGUGAGGUUCUGGGGUUUUGUUAGUUUUUUAAGCCAGUGUGUUUACAAAGCACUAACCAAAUCAUAGCAAGGGCCUUAGUUCCCCAGGUGAAACUGAGUCAAAGUGACUUUGCCAAGUCACCAGGAAGCUGCAGAAAUCACAAAUAUUCUUUGGACCUCGUGGAGAAAAGACCACAACCUCUAUCAGUUUGUCAGGGGCAAGCUCUCAGCUUUGUCAUUUUGAGCUAUUUUUACCCACUUUUUAAUCCCAGAUCCUAGAAGAAUGAAUCCUGGGAAUAACACCAGGUACAUCUUAAGGCAGAUGAGAUGUUUCGUAUUUCUCAGUUGUGAGUAUCGACACUUUGCCUCUGGAGGAUCAAAAAUACACAAACCCAAGAACACUUAUUUAACUGAAGGGCUUGGGAAGCUGAUACCAUUCCCUACAACAUGAAAUGUGACCAACUCUCAGAACUGCUCUUGUGCUGGAGGUUGAUUUUGCCCUGAAAGCUUUCAGCCCUAAAAUCUUGCUGCAUUUUUUGUGAGCUUUUCACUAACACUCUUGAGCCCAGCUGAGCCCAGGCCCUCUAAAGACUCACAGAUGUGCCUGGAGCUCAGCACAGCAAAACCACAGCUAAGAGCAGCCUUCACUCCACUGCUUCUGUGGGCUGCUUGUUGGGUUUGUUUUUAGAGCAGCAGAUGAGCCACAAUGAGCUGGGAGCAUCCCUGUGCACACAAACACGUCCUCAACAUGCGAGAGCCAGGACAGGGAGCACCUGAUCCCAUCACCCUGGGCUGAGCCAGCUGUCCUGGGGGACCCCAGCAGAGCAAAAAGGCAGAGGCACAGCAAAUGCAGGCAGGACAGCGGAGCAGUGAAGCGUGGAGGGCCAAAUCACACCUUUGGGCAGCGUUCAUGGGAUGCAAAUCUGCCUGAGGCAAAGGUGGGCAAAUCUAAGUUUGGUGUGUGAAAGUGGUCAUAAAUUUCUUACACAAAGUGAUUUUUUACACAAAUUCUAUGUACAUAGUUCUAUCUGUUCCAUACAGGAAUGCUAGCAAGGCUGCAUUAUGUUUUCGUUAUGUCCAAAACUUAUUUAAGUUUGUAAAAGAUGAUGCCACCAAACUUUAAACUAGGUUUUAGGGCUUUUUCUUACUAACUAAUGCAGUUUCUUACUUGCUUAAGGCACUUAAAGAAUUUUCUACUUAU